AUGGUUAAAUAAUAAAAAAAAUCCAAAAUCACUGUCAUUCCUCCUCAACCAGAUUUCCAAGAAUAAGAAAUCGAAUUAUUAUAAGAGGAUCUCGAUGAUGAUUUAAUUAAGACUCUAUCCAAAGCAAACACUAAUUCUAUUGCCACAAUUAAAGAAAAAGAGAAGAAGGUCGUGGAAUUCAAAUCCAGAGUUCUUGAAUUGGUUGAGAUUUUUGUUUCAAACACCAAGAACCCAUCCAUUUUUAUUGAGAGAAUUUAUCCAUUCAUUAAAAUGAUAAGUGAUUUCAAGAAUCCUUAAAAAAUUUAGUAUAUCAAUAGAGUUUGUAAAUUGAUCCACUAAAUCAUACAAAAAGGAGACUUGGGAGAACAUAUUGAUAAUAUGAAAUAAUGCUGUGAAACAUUGAUCACCUACUUGCAUAAAUGCUAAGACAAAUCUAUUAAUAAGAGAUUCUUUGAAUUGCUUGAUCUCAUUCUUAAAUAGAUUUCCUAAUAUGACAAGAAGGCAGUUGCAGACUCAAUAGUCAAAGGCUUAGUGUUGAUGAGGAAGAACAGCAACAUUUAAAUGCAAAACAUUAGAAAACUCAUAUUCAAUUAUUAAUUUGCACUCGUACCAGUCAUACUGAAAUUAUGUUAGUUGAGUGAAAUUAAUGAUAACUAUGAAAGAAGCAAAUAUAAUUUUAGUCAUCUAUUAUUCACACUCAUUCAAAAUGAAUAGAUAAAGAAAAAGGUAAUCACCAAAGAUAAAGUAAAACAAGCAAUUGUGAAUUUAGCUUAACAUACUCUGGAGAAUCAUACCAAAUAGAAUUACAAAAGAGUGGCGAUUUUUAGAUAAAUCUUAUUGUCCUACAAAACAUUAGAAUUGAAUGAACUCCAAGAAUAGAUUUAGACAUUCUAAUCAGAAGAUUAAAAUAUCUAACACAUCAUUACCAAAUUAUAAUGA